AUGUUUCCGUCCUUUCAACUUUCAGCCACUCAAAACAUCUUCAAACGCGCUCAGAAAGGUCUCUUUGGUGGCGCCAUCAAACAAUUCGGAAACAACGUCCCCAAGUCAAAGCACAAAACCCCUCGCACUUGGCUCCCGAAUAUUCAAUCCAAGCGACUCUAUUCCGAAACGCUGAACAAGACCCUUCAUCUCAAAGUCACUCCUCGUGUGCUUCGUACGAUCGACAAGUACGGAGGGCUUGAUCAGUACUUGCUUGGUGUAAAGGACACGACACUCGGCGAAGAAGGGAUGCGCUUACGGCUGGCCAUUUGGGAUGCAAAGCAUAAACAGUCAUAA